UACAUCUUUCGGUAUAUACAUUCGGAGAGAGAUGUCAGGGUCAUUUGUGAGAGGUGCACAGACCAUGAACUCCAUGUUUUUCAAGCCAGUGACACGCAAAACGUACCAUAAGAAAAGCUGUUCUCCAGAUAUGAUACGUGAGAGCAAGAAAAUGGAGGGUGAAGAAGUGAAGAACAAGAGGCAUAUGGGAGAGAGUGAUGUUCAUGUGUGGAUUCCCCAUGAAAAGACAGGAAUCUAUUGUCCCAAAGGGCAAGAGAAAGUGAUAGACGAUGUUCCUGCGGUGGCUGGAAAGGAUUUCCAAGUUAAUUGGUUUUCUUAAGAUUUGAGUGUGUUUGUGUGUCUUGAUUACAACUUCAACAAUUUAUCAGGCUAUAUAGCGGCCUUUAUAUUUCAAAAAUCUUUCUAUCACUAAUAUCCAAUUCAGCAAAAAUUAAAUUGAUAAAAAUCAUUGAAACCAUUGAAGAAAAAAAGUUUUAUUGGAACGGUGCAUUUCUCAUUACACUACA